AUGGCGACAAAAACGCAUGCAAGAGUGUUAAUCAUUGGAGGGAGUGUCGCUGGGCUCACUCUUGCGAACGCGUUUGAACAGACAGGCAUUGACUAUCUACUUCUUGAACAAUGGCACGAGAUAGCACCAGACGUUGGUGCUAGUAUUGCCAUCUUCCCCAACGGAGCUCGCAUACUUGACCAGCUAGGCUGUUACGAUCAAUCCAUACGGCUUUUGGACGGUGCUGAUGCUUUUGAUUUAAUUCAGACCAAAGAGGAAGACGGAGGAGUCAUCUCCUUUGUGCCAAAUGGAUACACUCCUUUCUUCACUGACCGUCAAAUGGUCAUCCGAACACUCUAUGAUAAUCUCAAGGACAAGACAAGAAUAUUGAUGUCUCAAAAGGUGGUCCGUGUUGAGCAGACAGCCGAUACAGUAAAGGUCUCCACAAAAGUGGGAGAAACCUACUCGGCUGAGGUAUUGGUUGGCGCCGAUGGAAUCCACAGCAAAGUGCGUCGCGAAAUGUGGAGGCUUGCAGCGAACAAGCUGCCAGGAUAUUUCCAAUCGGGGGAAGGAGAGUCAGUGAGGACUCAGUACUGUUGCAUUUUCGGCAUCUCGAAACCUAUUGACAAGUUCCCAAAGCAGUGCUCCUACUAUGUCAGGGGUAAUGGUCAUUCAUAUCUUUGCAGCAUCGGACCUGGAAACCGGAUUUACUGGUUCUUGUUCAAGAAACUCAAGAAGCCUGUGUAUGGACUAUACGAGAAAAUCCCACGCUACGACGAGGCAGAACUGGAGGCGCUGGUAUCAGAACAUGUUAAUGACCCAAUUGGAGAGGGUAUGUGCUUCGGAGAUUUGUACCGUAUGCGGAAAGUUGCAACCCUGCAAGCUCUGCCAGAGUUCAAUCUGAUUGGCGGACAGGGUGGCAAUAGCGCGAUUGAAGACGCCGCCGUUCUUACGAACGAACUCCUCAAACUGCUCGAGUCAGAGAGUUCCGAGACGUCUCAUCUCACAACAUCAAGUUUAGAGAACGCUUUCCAGAGAAUGUAG